UUAAUUUGGAAAUAUGUGAAGCAAAUGCAUAUUAUAUUUAUUUGUUAAUGUUACACCGUUCUUGUACUUAUUGUGUCAUCAAGAAUGGAGAACAAACUACGAACAUCUAAUUCCAAAAAACCUGUGCAGGAAAAUGAAGAUUGUAACUCCAUUCGCGAAUUGAAUAUAAUAGAAGAUACUAGUCCUGUUUCAGUAGUAAUUGAACUUGAUAUUGUCUUUGUAUUAUUAUUUGUUAUUUCAAUUGCAACAAGGUUGUACAAGUUGGUUGAGCCAAAUCACAUAGUUUUUGAUGAACUUCAUUAUGGAAGAUACAUAUCUUUAUAUAUGAAAAGAACUUUCUUUUUUGAUUCACAUCCGCCUCUUGGUAAACAGUUAAUUGCACUGUUUGCUUAUUUUGCUGACUAUUCUGGAGAUUUCAAAUUUGAAAAAAUAGGACACAGUUACACGGAAGAUGUUCCACUAUUUUCAUUGCGUUUGUUACCAGCAUUAUGUGGAAGCCUUUUAGCCCCAAUUACAUAUAAAAUACUUUCUGAAAUGAAAAUAGCCAGAUGGGUUUCCAUUGUUGGUGGACUUCUGAUUAUUUGUGAUAAUGCUCUUUUAACACAGUCUAGAUUUAUUCUAAUGGAACCAAUUUUAAUGAUGUUUACAUUGUGCGGAACAUUGGCAUUGCUUAAAUUCAGGCAGUAUAACAAUUACACUAUUAAAUGGUGGUUAUCACUCAUUUUAGGGAUUGUUUUAUUGACAUGCGCUUUGUGUGUAAAAUAUGUUGGAUUUUUCUCCUGCUGGUUAGGUUUUUCAAUAGUGAUACGACAAUUUUGGAAGCAAAUAAGUGAUAAAACUUUAUCAUCAUAUGCAUUGGUAAAGCAAAUUUCAAUCAUAGUUGCUACUAUAUGUAUAGUAUCAUCUACAGUAUAUUUGAGCAUAUUUUAUUGCCAUUUAUCCAUAUUAAAUAAAGCAGGACCCCAUGACACCGUCAUGACAAGUGCUUUUCAGGCAUCUUUACAAGGUGGUUUAGCAUCAAUUACUGCAGGUCAGCCUUUAAAAAUUGGCCAUGGAUCUCAGAUAACUUUACGUCAUACACAUGGACGCACUUGCUGGUUACAUUCCCAUGCACAUACCUAUCCUAUCAGAUAUGCAGACAAACGAGGUUCAUCUCACCAACAACAGGUCACAUGUUACAGUUUUAAAGAUGUUAACAAUUGGUGGAUUGUAAAAAGACCUGAUCGAAAUGAUUUAACAGUUGGUGAUAAAGUUGAUAUAAUUAAGCAUAACGAUGUUAUACAGUUAGUUCAUGGAAUAACUAGUAGAGCACUUAAUAGUCAUGAUGUAGCAGCACCUGUUACACCCCAGUGUCAGGAAGUAUCAUGUUAUAUUGAUUAUAACGUGUCAAUGCCUGCACAAAAUUUAUGGAAAGUUGAUAUUAUUAACAAGGAGCAAGAAGGUGAUGAAUGGCAUACCAUUCAAUCACAGAUUAGACUUAUUCAUGUGCCCAGCAAUCAAGCACUUAGGUACACUGGAAGACAGCUGCCUGAUUGGGGAUUUAAUCAGCAUGAGAUAGUUACUGAUAGAAUUAUUGAUCAACAGGAUACUAUAUGGAAUGUCGAGGAGCACCGUUAUACAAAAUCUGAUGAUCAAAAAGAACGUGAAUUAGACCUAGUGAAUGCAGAAAUGAUUCCUACUUCAAAUACAGACCUUUCUUUCUGGAGAAAGUUUAUGGAAUUGCAGUAUAAGAUGCUAUUUGCAUCUCAAGAACCCCAAAGCCACAUGUACAGCAGCGAACCCUUACAUUGGCCAUUAAUGACCAGAGGAAUAGCAUACUGGGUGGAUGGAAAGAGCAAUGCUCAGAUUCAUUUACUGGGAAACAUUGUAAUAUGGUAUUCAGCAACAUUUUCUAUAAUGAUUUAUGUAUGUUUUUUAACUGUGUACUUACUUAGAAGAAGAAGAUUAUGUUAUGAUUUAAGUGAACAAGCUUGGUCCAAGUUUUUAUUAAUCGGCGAAAUAUGUUUAACUGGUUAUUUAUUUCACUAUAUUCCAUAUUUCUUUUUUGAAAGAACUUUAUUUUUACACCAUUAUUUACCAGCAUUUGUUUUCAAGGUUUUACUAUUGGCAUCUGUUUUAGAUCAUUUGUAUGAUUUAUGUAAGCAAGUUAAGAAAAAUUAUAUUAUGUCUUGUUUUAAAUUUAUUGUUAUGUUAUGGUUAUUUUAUAUAAUUUACAUAUAUAAAUACUUUACUGUUUUAAGCUAUGGAAUGACACAAUUAGAAUCAGAGGAUAUAUUGAAAUUAAAAUGGAAAGAAUCAUGGGACUUUAUAGUGCAUAAGCAUGUGUCAUGA